AUUGUUUAUUUCGCAGCAAACAAUAGAAAACGUCGGACGCUUCUACACACACUCACAACCACAACCCAACACACACACACAGACACUAAAGAAUAGUCAACAAAAACAAGAUUGGUAAAAUUGUUAAAAUAACAAAACAAAACGAAACGAACCGUAAAACAAAAUGUCGUGCUAAAAUCACUUGUUGUUGCGGUGGUGAAAACUACAGUUUUUAAGAUGCGGUCUAGCGAUGAUGAAUAAUUCGGUGCUGCGCAGUUGAUAAAUAGGAGUUGUGAAGCUGGCGUUCUCCUGCGAUCGCCGCGUUCAGUUUGGUCUCAUCGCUCUAAGCGUCCACACCAACGUUGAUGCCCGAUGCCCGAGGAGCAUCCGCUGGCCAUCCGCUGGAGCAGACUCUUUGCCGACGCCGCUGUCGUCGCCUUUUGGGGGGCACUACUAUCUGUGAUUCUCGAUGGCCGGAAUGGAGGUGAGGAAGGAGGAGCAGCAGCUGCUGCUGGAUACCCUGAUCGGACUGUGGAGCCAAUAUCUUCAGGCCUCGGAGCUGGAAGAUGCGAGUUUCAAGGACCACUGGAUCUGGCUGUUGCUGUAUAAUUUUCAGUUCUUGGACGAUAAGACCUUGGAAGAUGCCUGGCUUAAUAGCCACUUCAAUCUGAUGCCCGAGGAGCUCUGUUCAUUUCUGUUGGAGCAGGUCUACCAAAUCAUCAGCGAGGCGAAGCGAUCUCAGGGAAGCAGUCCCGAUCAGGAACAGCAGGAUCAGCAGGAUAAGUGCAUCAAACAGCUGCGCAAAAAGCAUAAUUUAGCCCAGCUCAUACUCAGCACUCCAAGUGAUUGCAAUAAGAUACUUGCCCUGCGGACUUUUCUCACCGAUAAGUUGGGCCAUCACUUGUUGGCCUUUCUGCUGCGCGUGGAUAUCAAGCACAUUGCUUCCCAGAAGAGCCUGUGCCAGCUGUGCAUCAACCUGUUUCCCAACUGCAAGUGGAGCAUGUCCAACGAGCCGCUGCUUCCGCUGACCAGCGUUUCGCAGUUCAUCAGCAGUUUCUACCUCAAUUCGCAAAGCAAAAAGCUGCGACGCCAGCAACAGCAGCAGUCGGCAAAGAGUCAAUUACCCAAUCACAUAUCAACCAAUGCCAUCGAAUUGGAUUUCGAGGCUUUUAAAGGGACAACGAAGAGCAGCGAUGAAUUGGCCUUGUUGCUCAUCCAAUUGCUCACCAGAUGUGUGGAUGCUGAGCAGGAAUCCCAGUUGAGUGUGACGGUACACAACUUUGCACUGGGACAUUUGUGCGCCAGUUUAGAGCAGGAUUCACCCGGCGACAACGAUGAGAUUAUCAAGUUUGAGCUUCUACAACUGAUAGCCCACUGUGUGAAUAACUUUUACAUACUAGAGCAACAGCAGCCAAAUGUCCAUGAUUUUAAUAGCAAUUUUGGGCAACUCCUCUAUGCACUGACUGCCAAUCGAAGGAGUCCUCUGCUGGCCCAUGGUGUACUCUAUAUAAUGUUUGGCACUCUACACAAUCUGGUGGAGAAUGGCGUUAAGGAACUAAAUCAAAUUGAUGUGCGAAACUUUGAUGCCUGUUUUGAGGUUUUGCAAGAGGCAGCCAAAUCGGCGAAUUCUAUAUUUCUAAAUAUCUACAAGUUGCUGCUCCGUUUGACGGACAAUCUGUCCAGGCAGGAGCAGCACUUGCAAAGUCUCAUGGAGAGCAGUGCAUCGACGGCUUUGCCGAAGCAGCAACAGCAGCAACAUCUACAUCCACGACAUAAAAGAGGACAGCGGAGUAGUCAGCUACAUUGCCAGGGAUCCAGUUCCCUGAGCUGCUAUUUCCAGGGCAAACUCUAUAGUUUACUGCCCAGUUUGGAUGCCGAACUGCAGGAGCACAGUGUGAGAAGCCUACUCCGAACGGGCAGCUGUUGCUGCCACUACAGUGCCAGGAAUUAUGCCACCUGCCUUCAACUAGCCACCAAACUAAGCAUCAGCUAUCAAAAGUGUGCCUAUAAAUUUCUUCACUACAAUGUUUUGCACACCAUCUUUGUGAAACGAAAUCCGCAGGGUUGUCCUGGCUGCGAGGAUAAACUUAAAUCCGCCGUUUUUCAUCUGGAUUUAAGAAAUAUUUACAAGGAAAACUACAAAACUCUGCUUAAUACCUCCGCCAUGUUGCUAUUCCUGAAGCACUUGAAACAUAUUGCCUAUUUGCUGUCCUAUGAUUUGGCUGCUGGUAUCCUGGCAGAGGUGGCUUUGCCCAUUUUCAGGCAGUACAAGGACAUGGUUGAGAGUGGGCAGUCUCAGCGAAGAAAUAGCAAAGUUACGCCACUUCUAAUGCCCAGCAAACUGGAAAACUAUAGAGCUCUUCACGAAUGCCUGGGCAUUUUUGUGAUGUACCUUAGCGAUAUACGCCUGGUUAAGGCUUUUUAUAAUGAGGAAAAUAUCAGAUAUAUGCAGGAUCUGUUGGCCAUACCCGAACUGCAGCGAGGAGUAUGUGAUCUCAUCAAGGUGGGCAUUGACAACAUAGCCUUUCUGGGCGAGAAUAGCCAGGAGCAGAUCACUCUGAGCAGGAGACUUAUACAACUACAACUGAAUAGUAGUGACAGGGCAUCCCAGCUUUUUCAAGCCCUGCUGCUUAAAUGUUCGAAAAGCUACAGCGGUAAAUUCUGGCUAGAUGAGGGCCCUAAUCCUGUCAAGCUGGAAGGACACAAGCCAGCCGAUAUACUCUACAUAACCGCUCUACAAUGGACCCUAAACUUUGAGUUGCUGAAGACCAGUCAGUUGUUCUACAAUGAAUUUGCCAAAAUCUACUCGAUACCCGUGGAAAUGUUGGACAACGAGGAUGAGGAUGAUGUGGAGACGCCAACAGGGGAGCAGUUGCCCGAGGAAAAGAAGCUGCGGCAUGGGGAUAAAAACAUCAUAGACAUUCUAAAGCUAAACUACAAUGCUCUGGGCUGUUUCCUCAUGCUGCCAAAAGCCACAAUGGGGGCAACCGCAGUUACGCCCAUUACGCAUGGUAUUUGCAACUCAAGUUCAUUGGAAACUCUGGUCUCCCAACUGCCAUUGGUUGAAUCCACUUCAGUCUCGGUCACAACGGCAGCCAGUUCUGAGUACGCGGAUUCUCAAAUGGAUUACGCCUCGGUUAUGGAUAACUACGAUAGCUCCAAGCCCUCAUUCCUUCAGCAACUGCUCUCCUGCGAACCGGAUGAAAGUAUAGUCCUCUUCGACAUUCGUGGCAGUCAGCCCAGCAAAGAUGGCCAAACCAAUUCCCUAACUCUUCCGAAUGAAGAGGAAAUAUCCACAGCCAAUGGCAUAAUCAACAAACUAUUCAACAUUGUGGGAUCUCUGUUUGGCGGAAGUCCAUCGGGCGGAAACUCACCAACAAGUGCCCAUAUUGAUGCGGAUUUGUUCUGCCUGUACGAACCCAACGGCGAAUGCAAGAAACUCUUGCUCAAACUCUUCGAGGCGACCAUGGCCAUCUGCAUCAAGGGUUUCCAAAACGAAGAAGUGGAGAAGAUGCAGAAGCACCUGCGCAAGCUGCGAUCCAUAAUUUUAAAUCAUGCCACGGACAAUUGGUCGGAUCAUGGAGAUCAGCAUGCCCGGGAUAAUGCAGUCAUACAGACAUUGCAGACGCUGUUGAAGAUUGCUGAGCUGUCCAGUGGCCACCAGGAACCAGCGGGCGUGGUCAGCAGUCCAUCGGGGGAUUCCCAGCCACAGGCAAGACCACGAGCCAGAUCUUUCAACAGUGGCAGUGUGGAGUUGCCCCGAUUGCAGACAGUUAAGUUGCCGGCCAAGAAUUCAAUGGCAACUCCGCCUACUCCUCGCCGGAGGCCCAAUUCCAGUGAGGUGAAUGUGGGUGUGGAUGCGGAUUACUUCUCCACCAGGGCCUCCUUGAGUUGCGCCGCCGACAGCGAACUGGAGCUGAGUGAAAACGAGCAUGAGUUUUACCUCACCGCCGAUGAGGGUUACGAGGCGGAUGGCGAAAUUGCCGAUCUCAGUGAAUCCGAGUGUGAAUUGAACGGAGGCGGCGUCAUGGCUGCCAAUGAAUCGUGGACCCCAUUUCAGCCAUCUUCCCGCUAUCGAACCCACAUCAUGCACCAGGGAUUGAGUCAGUUGGUGGUGCAAAUGCUGGCGGAAUUGUCACUUCUCUGCAUCAAGCAGCCGAAUGGAUGGACAGAGAGUCUUACGCAGUUGGCCAACCGGCUGUUUGUCAUCAGGGACUAUCUCGGGGGUCCACUGUGCCUGCUCAAAGGAUUUGCACCUAUUCUGAGCUGCAGCGAUCCGAGAUUGAGGGAACUUCAGCAAUCUAUCCUGGAGUUGGUUACCCAUCUAAACACCCCCGAGGUGCUGCAGUGUUACUACUCCAUUCUGGCCUCCAGACAACCUCCAGUGGAUCUGCUUAUGCGGCACAUGCAUCACAUCUCCUCGGGAUCGCUUCGCAAAGCUCAACCUUAUAUGGAAUUGGAUUUCCCAAUCAACACAGAUGGCAAAAUUGUGAUCACCUCGGAGCCACUGGUCAGUGAACAAAUUGAAAGGGUGCGAUUGCAUCAUCAGCAAUGCCAGACGAAUACUCUGUUUACACGGGCUGCCUGCAUUUUUCCGGUGACCCAAACACGCCUUUGGCAACCGGAUGGCUUGACCCUAUCACUUUGGAUGGAGUUGAGGGGUCAGCAAAUGCAUCGCAGUUCCAUGCAGUUCAAUGAUGAUGAGACUCGCUAUUCGGGAGAGGAUUUAACAAAACUCCACCUGCUUUCUCUGGGAACCAAUCAAGCCAUGGUCAGCAUUUACAUCAGCCACAAUAUGCAGCUUAUUUUCGAGUUGGUCAAGCCAAAUGAGCAACUGGCUCCGUUGCGAGUGGAGGAGCAUCUGGAGGCCAGUGCAGAUACGGCAUCGGUGAUUUCAGCCAACACACAGGCUGCCAAUGGAGGAACCAUUCGACAGGCAUUGAAGCAAACGAAGUUGGCGCUGCUCAACAGUUUCGGGCAGAUGCACUUGCUCAAUGGCCAUCAUUCCUCGCCUGCAUCGUCAGGCGGUUACUUCGAGGGAUCCGCGGUGCAACUGCAGCAUUUGCGUUUGCCACGCCACAAGUGGAUGCACUUGGUCUUUGGUUUGCAGCAGCAAGGCGAUGCCGUUGAGAUUAGCAUAUUUCUGGAUGGCCUGGAGCAACACACCAUGCGGCUGCCGUUCCAUAAUCUUCGCCAGUUGACGCGAGUGCACAGCUUUCAGUUGCUCGCCUUGGGCGAAGGACAGCCAACGAGGAGUCCUGGCGGCAGCUCCUCUUCGCGUUCCACUCUUGAUGGCUCCGCUCCUCGAUUUGCCCUGUCCAAUGUGAUUCUGUUUAGAAGGCGUUUAACAGAUCCCCUGCUCAUGAUGAAUCUAACGGCCAUGGGACCGGACUUUACCGAGUUCACCCAGUGCCAAGUGGCCAACUGGAAGCCCAACUAUGGUUUUCUAAGUCUGGGCAAGCUGGCUUCAUCGAAUUUUGGCAACCACUUGGACUGUAUGCGGCAAUUGCGACAGGCCAGAGUACUGGUUUACACCGCCCAACAGCCGGAUCUGGUGAUGAGCUAUGAUGCGAGUCAGGAACUGGACAUGGCCUGUUAUGGACAGCCCCAUGGACAUAUGCUCUAUGGCGAACUGCUGCAGCAUCAGCCGCAGACCCUCCAGUCAGCCACAUCCCUCAGUGGAGGACUCUCCACGCUACUAUAUCUCUUUGCCAGGAUCGUUGAACUUACGGGGAAUGCAAAUACCCAGGCUUUGGCUCUGGAUCUUCUGCUCCAGGUGGCCCACUCGGAUGCUCAGCUAUACACGGAGUUCCAACGCCAGGAUUACCUGGCCUUGAUCGGUUAUGUAAUCAAAUCGGAGAAGUGCUGCAAGGAUGUACAGCUACUAAGGAGCAUUGUGAAUAAUGCCUGCUCUCAGGCGCUGAUUAGUAGAAAAGGAGAUUCGCUGAAUGUAAACGAUAAUACGAUGGCUACUCUGGUCUAUCCACGCCUUCUGCUGGCCGUACUCCAGCGCUAUUCCGAUUGGCAUCGCUCUGGAGCCACCCACUCCGAUGUUUUGGAUAUGCUUUUCCGCUGUUUGCUGGCUUUGACUAGAGACAAACAUCCGCAAAGGGAUUUUAAUAUGGAGCAGCUUCAGAAAUCGGGUCUGCUGGGAGCACUACUCAACCUCUGCAAGGUCUAUGUGAUUGAGUCACCCAGUCCGGUGCAGAUUUCACCCUAUGCCGCAGAAUGUUUUGUUCAGAUUUUGGCCGUUUUUGCAGGAUCCCCACCAGAUUCUUCGAUGCUGGAUGAGAUCAUGAAACUGCUGCUGCUGCUGCACAAGCCCAGUGAAUGUUAUGUGACCCACGAUCGAUUGCAUUUCUAUUUCCUGCUCACGGCUCAACAACCUGCCAAGGAAAGAUCUCUGGUGGCCGCGAAUUUGAGCAGGGUGACCACUUCGCUGCGCAGGCAACUGCAUCCUCAGCCGCAGGAAUUGGAUCCAGAGAGGGCGGAGAGGAUUAAGAAACUGCGACGCCUUCAUGCCACUUCAUCGGGAUAUAGAAAGGCGGUCAAUGAAUUCGAGGAGCAACUGGAGCAGAUGGCAGACUGUUCCAAUCUCAACAAGACCGCCUUGCGGUUACUCAGUCCCGUGGAGGCGACUCGUUGGCGUUUGAAGUUCAAACGUCGGCAUCCCACCAAUGCCAGCAGUCCGAAGAGGAGUCCCCUCAAGAUUGCCCGCCGGCGCAUUCAUCCGCAUCUGCAUUUGGGUAAACUGUGGCAGCCUUCAGGUCAUAGUACGCCCAGCUCGGGACAAUCGUCAUCGCUGCCAAACAGGAAGACGGAUUUCUACGAUCAACAGGGUAUCAUACGAUUGCAGCAACGUCUGCUCAUCCUUCUGAAGGAUUUCCUAUGCCUGCUGCCGGAUUCCUCGGUGGAUGUGGUCACCCGUCACUAUGUCAAGCUGGAGCUGCUCCUUGUCCUCGCCAAUCAACGCAGCUGUGCCGUCCGCCAGGCCAUCAUCCAACUGCUGGAUGUGCUGACAAAGCGUUUGGCCAGUGGUGAACUGAACUCAGCCAUCAAAUUGAUGUAUCCCCUGCAUCUGGCCAAUCAGUUGACCAUCCAUGGCUGUGAUAUAGGCAUGUUUGAGGCCUGUCUGGCUUGGAUUAGCGGCAUGAAUGGCAGUCUGACGGAUGUCCUUAACUCCGAGGCCCCACUGAGGAUUCGUCAGCGUUUUGGUCUGCAAUCUUUACUGGCCAUUUCGCAGGGAGCCGAACCACAGAGGGUCUUUAAGGCUCUCCUCAGGCUUUAUCUGCAGAAUCCCGAUGAUCAAAACAGUCUUAUUGAGGCUGGACUGCUGCAGUGCUCAGUAAAGGCUCUCUACAAAAUCUACUCCUUACGCCUGGGUCAAUCCAAUGCGGAUGAAUCCAUUCUGGAACUGCUUUCAAAUAUUGGAGAGCGAGCUCUGCGUUCGGUGGGCCAAAUAAAUCUCGUUUGGGACAUCCUCAGCCUGCUAUCCUUCUACCAGGACAAGCAGCCCCAGAUGAUAAUGCGCAGUUUUCGCACAGCCCAGGCUCAACUUCAGCUUGAGUGGCUGACAAAGUUCUUUGAGCCUAACAGUUUCCGCAUACCCAUGACCAACGAUUCCCCCCUGAAUCACACGGAACUGCGCACCCGGGUGGAGCUGCUCAUCGAUCGCUGCACUCAGUUCUUCACCGUGGGUGUGUGUCAGACCACCGGAGCCACCUAUGUGGCCAGUUCCCAGGAACUGGCUCUCUUCCAGCUGCUCGUUUCGUAUGGCAUAUCGAGCAAUCAGCGGUGCAACAACUUCAUUGCCUGGGGAUUGCAACCAUCGCGGCCAAGGGAUCUGCGUUCCUACAUAGUGGAUGCCCUGUGGCGAUCCCAACAGGAUGAAUUCCAGCGGGCCAUUAUCUGCGAUGCCAAGAUGAUCAAGGCCUUGCUUUGGCUCUCGCUGCUGGAGGACUUGGAGGAGCCCAUGGAAAAUCUCCAACAUCUUUGCGAUGCCCUGGGCAUCAAGGAGAAUGAUUCCUCGUGGAAUCUGGUCCAUGAGCUGGAUCGCCUCGAUCAGAACCGCAGUAAUAUGGCCGCCAAGCAGAAGACCUUGCUGGAGAAGACCGUGUACAGAUUUGAGCCAUUGGUGCAGCACUGCAUAGAGUCGUCCAUGGUGACAACCAGAAAGGUGGCCGAACUUCAGAAUGCUGAACGGAAGGCUCUGAUGUGUCACAUGAAGGUAUACGAUGAUACCUAUACGUACACCAAGUGGCUGGAGAUUAUACGUCGGAUGACGCAUGAGGGUGCUCCCUGGCAUUCUGCAGAAAGAGCGGAAUGCUCUUGGGAACUGGAUGACACGGAGGGACCGUCGCGAGUUCACACUCGACUGCGUCGCUGCCAUUUGGACAUUGAUCGUCGCUUCUUUAUGAACGAAUACAGACCGGGACAGGGACAACGCGAGGAUCAGGAGCCAUAUGUGCGUCCUCUGGACUACCUUAUAGCCAGUUACGAUCAGCAAUUGAACAUAUCGCUUAACUCUCAAAUACUUUAUAAUUUUGCCGCCAAAUUCCUGCCCGUUGAUGGGGAAAUCGAGGGCGAGAUCAUCAUCACCGAUCUGAAGCUCUAUUUCCUGGCCACGUACCGGUGUCGGUACUUCAAUGUGAACUGUGAUAUAGCCAACAUAACAGAGAUCUGGCUGAAACGCUACCAACACCAGGAGACGGCCUUCGAGAUUCUCCUGGACACCAACAAGUCGCUGUUCUUUUCGCUGCAAAAUGCCGACGAUUGGAAGAUCAUGCGCGAGGUAUUCUGUGAUAAAAUCGUGACCACUCCCGAUCAGGCCAAAGUGCUGGCCAUCACGCAGCAGUGGCGUGAGGGUCUGCUCACCAACUGGGAGUACCUGAUGACCCUCAACCAAAUCGCCGGCCGAACCUACAACGAUCUCAUGCAGUACCCGGUGUUUCCCUGGGUGCUGACCAACUACAGCUCGGAGAUUUUGGAUCUGCGGGAGGGGCACAAUUUCCGGCGACUCGGACGACCCAUUGCCGUGCAGCUGGAGGAGAACGAGAAGCACUAUAUCAGCAACUAUACGUACAUUGACAGUACCAACACCACGAUGGGCUCGCUGAUCCUCAAGCCGUAUCACUACAGCUCCCAUUACUCGAACUCCGGCACCGUGCUCCAUUUCCUGGUGAGGGUUCCACCGUUCACCAGCUAUUUUCUGCGCUACCAGGACAAUGAUUUCGAUUUACCGGAUCGCACGUUCCAUGCUCUGAACACCACCUGGCUGUUGGCCAGUCGGGAUAGUCCCACGGACGUAAAGGAGCUCAUUCCGGAGUUCUUUUGCUUGCCGGAGAUGUUCGAGAAUUUCGAGCGCUUUAAUUUUGGCUGUCGACAGAAUGGCGAGCGGGUUGAGGAUGUCUCAUUACCGCCAUGGUGUCAGAGGGACUCCCGGCUCUUUGUCCUCAUCCACCGUCAGGCCUUGGAAUCGGAACAGGUGCGCAAUCAGAUCCACAAUUGGAUAGACCUGAUCUAUGGCUACAAGCAGAGCGGAGAAAGCGCCGUUGAGGCCAUCAAUGUGUUCCACCCAGCGACCUAUGCCGUAUUUUUGGAUUCCGAGAUCAGCGAUCCCAUUGAAAGAGAGGCAGUGAAGACAAUGGUGAAGACCUAUGGCCAGAUGCCCAGGCAGCUGUUCAAGUCACCACAUCCGGCGACCAAGGCACUGGACUACGCGCUGGUGGACAAACCGAUAGUGUCCACUGUACGUGGACUGCGUUGGGGCGUCUAUGUGGGAUCGCCGCAGCUGAUGGCUCCCUCCUGGGCAAAUAUCCACAAGAUACCGGGUACAGAGCAUUUGGUGAGCUUCAGCAAUACCAAUGUGGUGUAUGCUCUGCCGGGAAGGGCAAGUGUGAUGCAGGGAGCUGAGCCGGAUACCUACAACGUUAUCUCCUGGGGCUACGACGAUCGGAUUGUGAGGAUCCAACCGCUAAACAAACCACAGGCCAAGCCCAAGAACCUGCUGCACAAUGGAACCUUUGACGAUAUCACCGCCUGUGGAUGCGAUGUGAACUCGAAUCAGCUUUGGUUUGGUCACAAAUCCGGCCGGGUUAGUGUGUACAAAUGCACGGGAGGAUUGGAUUCCCAGCAGCGAGCCUCAACGAAGGGCAGGCAUAGCUAUGCCCGUGGUUUCAGUUUGUCCUAUAACUCUGCUUUCCGGAAAAUAACCAGCAAAGGAUUGGGCGGAGGAGGUGGUGGAUCGGAGAGAGUGGAUGAGGCGGGAAACCUCAACGCCACCCAUUCCGCCUCUUCAGUUAACUCCGCCAGCAAUUCCUCCAGCAGCGAUGCUUUCCAGCGUGAUGGAGCCGAUCUCAACUGGCUGGGACCCACGCUGCUGGUGCGGCACACAGACGAGAUCACCUGCAUUACCCUGUCCGUGGAGUUCAAGAUUGCGGUUACAGCGGGUCGCGAUGGCAUAGCUGUUAUAUGGGACUUAAAUGACUGGAGCUAUGUGCGAACGAUUGCCCGUCCGGCGGAGAUUCAUCAGUCGCCCAUAACGCAUGUGGCCAUAAGUCCAACGCUGGGAGACAUUGUCACCGUUCACACGCUGCCACAACCUGCUGCUCCAACUGCGGAUGCAAAACCUCCGGCAGCUGCAGCUGUAACCAGACCCAAUACCCUCAACAUUGCCGACGAAUGCUUCGAGGUGACUGAGGAGAGCCUGGAUGACUUUGUCAAUGUGAAUGUGAACCCCAAUGGCAAGUCCAUUUUGCGACUGCACUCGGUCAAUGCUCGGUAUGUGCAGCAUCUGGUGCACGAGGAUCGCAUCCUGGCCGUCUGCUACUCGUACAUUAAAGAGGGAGUGGGCGUUAAUGUGAUAGCCACCGCUGUGGAGGGAGGAUUUGUGCGCUUCUGGUCCAGCUGGAACCUGAGCUUUGUCAGUGAACUGACCACGGGAACUUCGCCCAUUCGAAGCAUCUGCUACUCAACACAUCAGCAUUUGGUGGUGCUAACGAGGGAGUCUCACAUCCAGGUGUGGGAAUCCGAGGGUCUUUAUGGCAAUGCCCCAAAGUUCCCCCAAAUCGUCUAUAAAUAGGGUUAAUGAGAAUACUCAAUACUACAACUCAAAGCAUAUCAAUGACAGACACAUAAAAAUCGAAAAAAAGCAGCUGAAUCAAAGAACAUAUAUAUUUUUGGUGGUCAACGGAAGAAAUUUCAAAUUACAAUAUUCCUUUGCGACCACCACAAAACUGAUAUAUCAGAGAAGACUUUAAUGAUUCCUAGUUUUAGGUCUCAUACAGCUGUAAAAUACACCUUUUGUACCAAAACUUUUUAUUAUUUCGUAUUUGUUUUUCCCGUGUGGCAGGCAAAAUGCCCGCGCCGCCUUCAAUUGUUGAUAUUAUCAAAUAAACAAUCAUAUUUUGCAAAACUAA